AGUAAUCGGUGUGUUAGAGGCCACACGUGUGUAGAGCGUGGCACUGUAGCAUCUGUAAUUAUGGGGAAAACGGGGAAGUUGCGCUCCGGUGUGGCCGGGAAAGUAAAGCGUUGGAAGAAGGGACACAGCAGCGAAUCGAACCCCGAGGCUCGGAGACACCGGGAGGCAGCACGGAGCAGAUUCUUCAGCCGCCCCUCCGGUAAAAGUGACCUGACAGUAGAUGCUCUAAAACUCCACAAUGAUCUCCAGUCAGGUUCGCUGUCUGUACAGAAGAGGCCUGCUGACCUCAUGGAAGAUGAGGAUGAAAUGGCAAUCACAGAAAAAUCAGGAGCCACUUUCCUCAGUGGCCUGUCUGACUGCACCAAUGUCACAUUCGGCAAAGUUCAGCGGUUUUGGGAAUCCAACUCUGCUGCUCACAAGGAGAUUUGUGCGGUGCUGGCUGCAGUAACUGAAGUGAUCCGUUCUCAGGGAGGAAAGGAGACAGAAACAGAAUACUUUGCUGCUUUGAUGACUACUCUGGAAGCUGUUGAAUCCCCGGAGUCAUUGGCUGCCGUUGCCUACCUGCUUAAUCUGGUUCUAAAAAGGGUUCCAGGUCCUGUGCUGAUUAAGAAGUUUUCUGACACUUCUAAGGCCUUUAUGGAUAUUAUGUCUUCACAAGCCACCAGUGGCAGCACCUCAGCUCUUAGAUGGAUUGUUUCUUGCUUGUCAGUCUUGCUUCGGAAACAGGACCAAUCAGCAUGGAGUUAUCCUUCCACUCUGCAGGUGUACCAUGGCUUACUGAGCUUCACUGUCCAUGCAAAACCAAAAGUACGGAAGGCCGCUCAGCUUGGCGUGUGCACCGUCCUGAAGGGCAGCGAGUUUAUGUUCGCUGACUCGGCCCCUACUCACCAUCCAGCAGCUCAGUCCACUGCUAAGUUUUGUAUCCAGGAGAUUGAAAAGUCAGGAGGUAGUAAAGAAGCCACCACAACUCUACACAUGCUGACACUGCUGAAGGAUUUGCUGCCAUGCUUCCCUGUCAGUGUGGUCAAGUCUUGUUGUGAGACGUUACUGAAGGUCAUGACUUUGAACAAUGUGCUCAUCACUGCUUGUGCCAUGCAGGCUUUCCAUGGCCUCUUCAAUGCUCUCCCUAACAUCAAUGCUCUGACUGCUGAGCUCAAUGCCCAGAUCAUCACAGCCCUGUACGACUAUCUGCCCAAUGAGAAUGACCUGCAACCUUUACUGGCCUGGCUGACAGUAAUGGAAAAAGCUCACAUAAACUUGUCACGGUUGCAGAGUGACCUGAGUUUGGGUCAUCUACCGCGCCUUUUCUCCACAUGUAUGAACUGCCUCUUGUCUUCACACCUGCAGGUUGAGUCUGCAGCUACCAGAACCCUCAAGUCCUUACUUACAGAAUGUAUUGGCCCUCAUAUUAAAGACAUUGGAAGUGUCUCUUCUGCUCCUGUAUCAGGACCGGCUGGUCACAUCCAUAAAAUGUUUAAAUUUGUAGAAGAUGGUUUAUCAUACAAGUUCCACUCUUCCUGGUCCCAUGUUCUGCAAGUCCUGCAGACCUUCUUUCAGGUUGCUGGGAACUUCUGUCACCCUCUUAUGAAGAAGUGUUUGCAGACUCUUGCUGACCUCCGGGGCUCACCUCACUUCCCCCACACAGGAGACCUGGACCACACAGUGGGGGCAGCUGUGGAAAGCAUGGGACCAGAAGUGGUCCUGAAGGCCAUCCCUCUGCAGAUUGAUGGCACAGAGGAGACGUGUGAUUUUCCCCGCAGCUGGCUGGUGCCUGUGAUCCGUGAUCAUGUGAAGAACACAGAGCUGGCAUUCUUCACCAGAUACUUCCUACCGCUGGCAGCUAAGCUGAAGAACCAAGCUGGUGAGCUGGCUAAAGCAGGAAGAAACCUUGAGGCAAAAAUCUAUGAGACUCUUCAGUGGCAGAUCUGGACGAUGCUGCCUGGAUUCUGCACCAAGCCCACUGAUGUAGCGGUUUCCUUCAAAGGAAUUGCUCGAAUUUUGGGAAUGGCUAUUAGUGACCGGCCAGACCUUCGGCUUACUGUGUGUCAGGCUUUGCGCACACUCAUCAGCAAGGGAUGUGAAACAGAGUCAGAUAAAGCUGAAGUGAGCAGGUUUGCCAAGAACUUUCUUCCUAUACUGUUCAAUGUGUACAGUCAGGCCCCAGUACCAGGAGAGAGCGCUGCUCACAAGCUUCCGGUGCUGGAUACAGUGCGUGCCUAUCUGACCAUCACAGACCAGCAAAUGGUCAGUAGCUUCUUGGAGAAGGCGAGCGUGAAGCUAACGGAGCCCGAGAGUGUAGAGUCUGUGAAACUUUCCGUGCUGGAUCUCAUUGUAGCUAUGGCUCCCUACGCUGAUGAACCAUCAAUGACCAAGGUCUAUCAGACUAUUCUGCCAUAUCUGGAGGAUAAAAAUCACAGCUUGCAGAAAAAGGCCUACAGAGUGCUGGAGGAGAUCUGUGGAGGGGAGAGGCCUCCUUGUGGAGACUUUGUUAGAAAGAACUUGGAGGAGCUGAAGAAAACUCUGCUGGGUUCCCUGAAAAGUGCUUCUUCUCCAGCCAAACGGCCUCGUUUGAAGUGCCUUACCCACAUUGUCAAGUUCCUUAAUGCUGACCAUGAAGAGUUCAUAACGUCUAUUAUUCCAGAGGUGAUGAUUUGCACUAAAGAAGUGUCGGUGGGAGCGAGGAAGAACGCAUAUACCCUGUUGGCAGACAUUGGACACGCUUUCCUGCGCUUCAUCCAAAACCCAAAAGAAGCCAUGGAGCACUACCUAAGUAUCGUCUAUGCUGGCCUCACCGGUUCUGUGACCAUGAUCAGCUGUUCAGUCCUAACCUUGACUCGCUUACUGUUCGAAUUCAAAGACCACAUGGGAUUAGAGGUGAUCGAGCAGCUUCUGGAGAACGUGUGUCUCUUGUUGAGUUCUAGAACACGGGAGAUUGUUAAAGCCGCCCUGGGAUUUAUUAAAGUUGUCAUAUUUAUGAUGGAUCUGAAAGUACUCACCAAACAUCUGCAAAAAAUGAUUGAAGCUAUUGGAAACAUCAACGAGGACAUGAGGCGGCACUUCCGCAUGAAGCUGAGAAACAUCUUCACCAAAUUUAUCCGGAAGUUCGGGUUUGACCUGGUAAAGAGCAUGUUACCGGAGGAAUACCACAAGGUUCUAGUCAAUAUUCGCAAAGCAGAGGCUAAAAACAAGAAGCAAAAGACCUUGAAGCAAGCAGCCUCUAAUACGGAGGAAGAGGAUGAGGAUACAAAACGCAAGGGAGACGGCAUUGAGGACAUUUUAGCGGACACAGACGAGGAGGAAGAGGAGGAUGAGAAGCAAACGAAGCAGCAGACCAAACAGCAGAAGAAGCAGGUGCGGCAGAUGAGCAGAGCCUGGCUGAAGGAAGGGGAAGGAGAUGAACCUCUGAACUUCCUCGAUGCAAAUGCCGCUCAGAGAGUAUUAGCUACAAAACCGGGUCUGAAGAGCACAAAGCAGAGCCACAACUUCAAAGUCACCGCUGAUGGCCGGCUCAUUAUCAAGGACGAAGAAGCUGAGGAGGAGAAGUCAAAAGCCAGUGUGGAUGAGGAGAUGGCGGAUCUAAUGAAAGAAGUUGGACUUCGCACGAAAAAUGCCCAGAAGAAACGUUUCCGAGCGGAGAAUGAUGGCGAUGAUGAGGCUGUAGAGAAGACAUCCCAAUAUAAAGCUGGCGGCUCUGGGAUACAUCGACCUAUUCAGAAAAAGCCAGACUUUGGAGGGAAUUACAAAUCAAAGAAAGGAAAAGGCGAUAUAACACAGAAAGGCAAACAUGACCCAUACGCCUAUAUUCCCCUGAACAAAGCCAAGCUCAACCGCAGGAAAAAGGCAAAGAUGCAAGGCCAGUUUAAAGGACUAGUGAAAGCUGCGCAGAGAGGAGCACAGAGUGGAAGGAAAAAGAGAAACGAAAGAAGAGUAUGAACCGUCCUCAUUUGC